CCAUGCUGGGUGCCAUCCAGGAAGAGGACUCGUCUGUGAACAGAGAUCUGACAGAACCAGCUGCUGAAAUAAAAGCUGAUGUACUGGCGAUGACUCUCCAUCAUCUUCUGUCGACACGUCGGUCCAGACAGAAACGGCAGGCGAGUCGCCUGACCUCCACCUUCGACUUCAACAGCAACCUGAAAUGGAAGGAGUGGACCGGUUCUCUUCCAAAUGGAGUGGUCUCAAUUGAGAACAGCUAUGCCAGACGCACUGACUUUGUCUGCAAACACAAGUGUCAUGCCGGCUUCUACAACGCUGACAUGGGUUCUUACUGCAACUACCCUCAAGAUGGGAAAGAGCAACGCUCAUCCUCCUUUGAGAUUCUUGUGAAUGAAGACAACUUUGAAGUCAUUGAGUGGAAGUCAGCUUCAUAUGGUUUAGUGCCAGAAUUUUCAGUCAGAACCUGCUCCACUGAGGAUAUCUAUGUAGGUAAGAACAAGUAUGGUCUCGGGAUGGUAGACAAGAGAAUCAGAGCUUUUCUUCUUCCUUGGAUAGGUUCUGUAUAUCAAUAUACAGACUACGAGGUCCUAACCAUUACCCAGGAGUUUGAGAGCCAGCACAUCUUUGAAGUCAAGUACCAGACCAACAAUUCUGAAAUAUUUCAUUAUCCUCCGGAGAACAUGCAUACCUCCACCAUCAUCAACAACGAAUGCAGGCCAGUCACUGAGACAGUGACUAUCUCGAAGUCGACCACAGAAGAGAGAAGGUGGGACAUCAACGGCUCCUUUGGGUUUGGAGUCAGGUCCACCUUCACAGGAGGACUGCCCAAGAUUUUCUCCAGCAAAGUUGAAGUCAGUGCUGACAUGACGUUCCAGUUCUCCAGAGGACAGACCAUAAAAGACGAGUCCUCCAACACCAUUUCUACAACACUCACCACCCCAGCAAACCACCACUGCAGAGUCCAGAUGCUGGGUGUUAUGUACAAGAGCAACAUCCCUUUCACCGCACGAGUGAAUCGUUACUACAGAGACAGGGAAACCAAAUCCACAGUCGUCUCUGGGAUGUUUCACAGCAACAAGAUUGGAGAUAUCCAGGCUGUAGUGGACCGGUGCGAACCUGUAGCUGACACCAGACCUUGCUCUGCUGGGAGGUUCCCAGAGUCAGGCCGAGACACAAAGCAGGACUCAGAUGGAGAAAAGAGAUAACAAAAGGCUUUUAUUGAAUUCACCGGAGACCUCGGACUGAGUGACAAACAAAUGGCUAUGAACAAAACUAGACACUAUACUUUGACUAUAAAGAGAACAAUAAACACUCCAAGAGGAGGGAAACAUAACUAAUAAAAAGAAACAAAUAAACACAAAACGUUCCAUAUGGAGGCAAAACCUGUCUAUAUAAAAUAAUUUGGUUGCAAACACAAAUUACUCUUUAACGAGGAAUAAACAAAGGGCUAUGAAUCUAAGCUAGGGUAUAAGUUAACAGACAAAAAAAACACUCGUCACGAGGAACCAACGGCUUACUAUGGCGGUUACUAUGGUGAUUACUAUGGUGGUUACUAUGGUGAUUACUAUGGCGAUUAC